CUCAAUCAUAUCACAUGGGUGUUUAAUGCGCGAUUUUCCCGCCAUCUCUAUGUAAGACUUCCGAAAUCAAAACCCUAAUUUGAUCUCCAGCUCCAUCUCUUUCUAUUCGUGCAUUCCGCAGAAGGGAAAACAAAGAGAAUGGAGGGUUGGAUUCCACUGUUUGAAAUUUUCGUGAAUUCCCCAUGCCCUGAGAGUGAGGCAUCACUGUGGUUACAGAAAGCUUUCAACCCUUCGUCGAACGCCAGUCCCAUUUCCACUGCGUCUUUCCUUUCACUGCUCGCGGCUCCUUCAGAGACCACUUCUAUUGACCCUUCUUCUCCACAUGAAAAGAGGGUUAUGUGGAUAGAAACACUACCGGCUGUAGUUCAGGCCCGAAUUUUGUCAUUUCUUGCAUAUGAUCAUCAGAGAUUUUGCAAACGGGACUUGUGUAAACUUGCCAGACUUGUGCUGAGUGAGGGCAAAGGUCUUGAUUUUUGGGUGAAGAAAGCUGCUCAACGGCUGCUUGACAUGGUAUCCGUUACUAAUUAUCAAUGGAUUUCUCAUUUCAAUUUGGACACUGAAGAAGAAAAUGUGGAGGACGAGUUCUAUUCGCUGCCAGAUUGGCUCAGGGAUACUGCUAAAGAUAGUGAUUCAGUAUUUACUUGGCUUCCUAUGUCAUCUGAUGAACUAAGUGAGACGAUGCCGCUGACUGCUAGCGGAGGUAAUGAAGAUGAUAUUUCCAUUGAUGUGGAGGAGAGCAAACAAGAAGAAUUUGAUGAAGUGAUGCUAGAGGUUGAUGUGGACGAAUUGAAGCUUGAUGACUAUAUAGCCAUUGACGUCGAGCAAAUGGCAAAAUCUUUGAAAUCUCGGCUUCUAAAUGUAGAGUCUACUUCAGAAGCUGUGGAAUUGGGGAAGGAAGUUCACAAACUUUGUUUCGAAAGCAAACAAAAUUCUUUGGUAGUUUUGGAUUUGAUUGAACCAUGGAGUGCAGAUGAUGAGACUGCAGCAGUUUUAAUUUCUGAAUUGUCUGAUGGAAGUGAAACUUAUGAACUUGGUUGGCCAGCUCAUAUCUUAUGCUCGAUAGUCCUACCUAAGUUUCUAGUCCUCAGUGAACCAGCUUCUCGUGUACUAGUGAUGAGAACAAUAGAGUAUUGCAAGGCUCAUCAAACGGCUGCUGAGUAUGCCCUUUUGUUUCCGUUAAUUCUACGAAAUGAGGGUAUAAACAACCCCAUAUGCGAUGUGAUUUCUAGAAUAAUUAAAGAAUCCCUGCACCCUGGUCAUGUUUCUUCAUUCUGCCAAAAACUGCUUUGCGAAGAUAAAGAUGCGCGGGGAUUUGUCUGCCUUCCCCGCCAGCGAUGUUUGAUCAGUGAGGAAUUGGUGUGGACGGAUUCUUUGUUUAGUUUAUGGCAAAACAUCUUGAACCACAAUGUUCAUUUGACGCAAGAUUCAGUUGAUCAACUUGUUUACCACGUCCGCGAAUCCACUGAUAGGUUUUCAAAAUCUUUGAAGUUUUGCAAUUUUCUAUUGUGCCUAGUCAACAAAUGUGCUCCCUUUUUGAAGCCACACAAGCUUUUAUUAACUGCUGCCGUUGAGAACACUAAUACCCUGGUUACCAAAUCGAUAUUAUCGAAAUUGUCUGGUUUGUAACUUACUCUAUUCUGGUAAACUUAAGUGCUAGGUGCUUUGGCUUUUACUCAUGUGGAGUGUGAAAUUUUUCAAGAGGUCAGAGAUCUUGCUCAAAAAUCAAGUUCUGAUCAAAAGCUUUAAGUGGAGUCCUGUGCUUUCUUACCUGCUUAUUUCAUAGGAACACUGGUAAUUUUCUGUUUUUAGUUUGGAUCCACAAGACUUCAGUAUUCAUCCAAAUAUGGAUGGAAAAUUUAUCAUGUCUUGCAGUAUGAAAAACAGCCUUGCGAUGAUUCAGCUCUAGAGACAAUGUUUCUCCUUCUGGGCUGUCCCUCGACCAAAUAAAACGUUGGAUAUUAAUUAAAGCAUGGAGUUGAACAUUGGAUAAGCACAAAUAAGAAAAGGCAGCUGGAAAUCAAAUCAUAUGUUUGGGAUAUGUAAGACCUGUAUCAUCUUUUAUUCAAGGUCAUGGAUUUGUUUUGUGUAGAAUGAGAAUGGAUAAAUAAGUAUGUACAGUUUUAUUUACAGAUCAAAUAAGUAUGUGCAGUUUAUGUACAGAUAAAAUGCCAAUUAUGGUACAUUAGCUAUUACCUUGUUCCAAUAUAGGAAUUCUUGUGUUCACUAGCUUUCCAAUAUUCAAAAGAUGGAAAAGGUGAAUUUUCAUAGGAUACCUGAAGGAUAAACCAUUAAGAGUUCACAUCUCACAAACUCUUAAAUACUUUUCUUUGUGGGAUUACAAACGUGAAUGCAUCUAAACAUAACCAGCCCAUUACUGAAAAAUUCAGUUUAUGAACAUUAAGAAAAAA